AGGGGCGGAGGCGGCGGCCGGGCGGCAUGCGAUGGGGAACUGCUGCUGGACUCAGUGCUGCGGGCUACUCCGCAAGGAAGCGGGGCGGCUGCAGCGCGCAGGCGGCGGAGGAUCCAAGUAUUUUAGAACAUGCUCGAGGGGUGAGCACUUGACUAUAGAGUUUGAGAAUCUAGUAGAAAGUGAUGAAGGGGAGAGCCCAGGAAGCAGUCAUAGGCCUCUUACUGAGGAAGAAAUCGUUGACCUACGAGAGAGACAUUAUGAUUCUAUUGCUGAAAAGCAGAAAGAUCUUGAUAAGAAAAUCCAGAAAGAGUUAGCCUUACAAGAAGAGAAGUUAAGACUAGAAGAAGAAGCUUUAUACGCUGCACAGCGUGAAGCAGCCAGGGCAGCAAAGCAGCGAAAGCUCGCGGAGCAAGAAAGACAGAGAGGUGUGCAGCACUACCAUCCCUCCAGCAGCAGUGACCAUCAAAGUUCAGGACCAGAAGAUGACUUUGAAUCUUGUAUGAGAAAUAUAAAGUCACAGUAUGAAGUUUUUCGAAGUAGUAGACUCUCCUCAGAUGCCACAGUGUUAACACCAAAUACAGAAAGCAGCUGUGACUUAAUGACCAAAACGAAAUCCACCAGUGGAAAUGAUGACAACACGUCCUUAGACCUGGAGUGGGAAGAUGAAGAAGGAAUGAAUAGGAUGCUUCCUAUGAGAGAGCGUUCCAAGACAGAGGAGGACAUCCUCCGGGCAGCACUUAAGCACAGCAGCAGGAAGACUGGAAGUAACCCCGCUUCGGCCUCUGAUGACUCCAACGGGCUGGAGUGGGAGAACGAUUUUGUUAGUGCUGAGAUGGAUGACAACGGCAAUUCUGAGUAUUCUGGAUUCGUGAAUCCUGUAUUAGAAUUGUCUGAUUCUGGCAUCAAGCAGUCUGACACAGAUCAGCAGAUUCGAUAGUGUAAAAUUGUUUGAUCCUGUUCAUCAGUUUUGAGCAAAUGUUUAAAAAAAACAACAAGAAUGUAGCUGUGGCUUACUGAACCUUUUUGUAAGGGGCAGUGAGGAGCCACACUGUAAAUGCUUACUUGAUUAGGAAGAUGUAAGAGUGGUCGGAUAGACGUGAAUUGCUUCAGAAUUAAGUGCAAUUUUAUCAUCAGCCUUCUGCAUUUUAAGACCAAUUUAAUGAUUCUGUCAUGUUAUUAAUUAAAUUUCUAUUAACUCUUACGGCAUUCCUGUUCACUUGUAGGUUUCACAUUUUAAAAAUCUGCAUUAAUUUUACUUUGAAUGCUUUUCCACACCUAUUUCUGUAUCUCUGGUGAAAAUAUUGCAGUAUUUUCCAUGAAUUCUCAGCAGAUGUGAAGGGGGCAUGAGGAGGGGUUGUCAGGCUCAGACUUAGAGCAGUUCCCUUUUCCAGCAGUGUUUAUUCUAGGGCCACUCCGAAGUCCUUUAUCCAACAGGAAGCACAACUGAUUGGCGUUCCUGGCCUGAAGUGCUGCAGGAUCAAUUUCUAUUCUUCUACAUUUACUUUAUGAUGAUGUUGAUUCCGUCUAAACAAAAUAUAAAAACAAGCUUUCAGACUGUAGACAUUUUAGGUUGAUAAAUAAUAACUUAAAAUAGUAUUUAAGGAAAUAUGUUUAUGAUCUAUACUUAUACAUGCAACUAUAUUGCUUUUAAAUUUAUAUAUUAAGUUUUUAGGUUAUUACUUUUAUACUCAUUUCCAGUGUGUGAACUUAGAAAGAUUUUACACAAAACAUUUUUCUCUGAUUUAAGAAGGGAAACGUAAAAAAGGUAAUACGGGUAUUUAAAGUAAAUAAAAUCCUUUCUGGUGUGAAAGGCCCUGGUUUAUUAUACUUUUCUUUGCCUUGUAGUACAAGGUGCUUUGAUGCAAUGGAAAUAAGUGUAUAACUAUGUUUAACUGCAUUUUGUGACAGACAGUUCAGCCCUCUUUGGCCUAAAGUUUAUGCAUCAAUAUAAAAGCUGGGAUGUAAAGCCCCCGACCUGCUUUCCUGGAUUUUGCUGAGGACUGAGUAUGAUUUUAAUAAGCAAACUUUUUUCUCUUUUUCCUUAGUACUGCUUUUCUGUUCCUUCUUUUACAACAGUGACAGUGCAUGUUCUCAAAAGUACAGGAAGGUCCAGAAGUAAACAGUAAUGUGACGUUCCUGCUGUAUAAAAAAAAUCAUACGGCCCUUUCAAUAUUUGAACUGCUAGGCGAUGACAUCUAUAGUUUUAUGUUGUCCUUUUUUUAAUUUCAUAGAAAUAAAUAUGACACUUUAAUAUGUAAAUAUAGUAAUUAGCUGAUGCUGUUAUUUAUAUGUCUUAAGUUAUAGCUGUGUCACUGAAAAUGUUUAAAGGUACUUUCUUCACAUUGCCUGGGUUAAUGCUUUCUAAGGUUUAUAUAUAUCAGAUGUAUAUUUUUGGUUGGCAUAAGCUACUACUGUAAUUUUUUUGUUCAUAAAGAAUUUUCUGAUGGAAUGGUAACUUCUCAAGGAUUGUGAAUAAAUACAUUUUUACAUUUAAAAAUGUUAA